CAACAACUUCAGCACCUCACCUUCCUACUACCGCAGGUAUUCUAGAUAUUACGGUCGCCUUGUUGCAUACUUCAUAGCGCCGCACAAUUUAUCGUUUUUUUUUCACAAUGUCGGCUCUCCAGUCCACGCCUUCUAAGCAGGCUGCAUCUGCCAUUGACACACUCAAGAUGUCUGAUUCACCAGCAAAGAAGAUUGAUUUCUCUUCUGCGGACAAGGAGAACCGUUACAAGCCCAUUGUUGGUAUUCCUGAUCUCGAGGAGGAAGUGGACGAGGUCGAGAAGAAGAUGCACACUGUUGCACCUACCAUCAAACCUGAGGAGGCAGACGAGCCUCUCCUGCAAGAGAACCCCCAGCGCUUCGUUCUCUUCCCCAUCAAGUAUCAUGAUGUCUGGCAAAUGUACAAGAAGGCCGAGGCAUCCUUCUGGACCGCCGAGGAGAUCGAUCUCUCCAAGGACCUUCAUGACUGGAACAAGCGUCUCAACGAUGACGAGCGCUUCUUCAUCUCCCACGUCCUCGCUUUCUUCGCCGCCUCCGAUGGUAUUGUCAAUGAGAACCUUGUCGAGCGCUUCUCCGGCGAGGUACAAAUCCCCGAGGCGCGAUGCUUCUACGGCUUCCAGAUCAUGAUGGAGAACGUCCACGCCGAGACAUACUCUCUCCUCAUCGACACAUACAUCAGCGAGCCCAAGCAGCGCACAUACCUAUUCAACGCUAUUGACAACAUUCCUUGCAUCCGCAAGAAGGCCGACUGGGCCCUGCGAUGGAUCUCUGACAAGAACUCCACCUUCGCCAACCGUCUCGUUGCCUUCGCCGCCGUCGAGGGUAUCUUCUUCAGUGGUUCCUUCGCAUCUAUAUUCUGGCUGAAGAAGCGUGGUCUCAUGCCCGGUCUCACAUUCUCCAACGAACUCAUCUCUCGUGACGAGGGCAUGCACACAGACUUUGCUUGUCUCCUGUUCUCUCUGCUCAACAACCGCCCAAGCAAGGAUGCUGUCCAGGCCAUUAUCACCGAAGCCGUCGAGAUCGAGCAGGAGUUUCUCUCAGAUGCUCUGCCUUGCGCAUUGCUCGGUAUGAACGCCACACUCAUGUGCCAGUACAUCGAGUUCGUCGCCGACCGUCUGCUCUUGGCUCUUGGUAACCCCAAGUACUACAACGCCACCAACCCCUUCGACUUCAUGGAGAAUAUCUCGCUUGCUGGCAAGACCAACUUCUUCGAGAAGCGUGUUGGUGACUACCAGAAAGCCGGUGUCAUGGCGAGCACCAAGAAGCAAGAGCAGACAGAGGGUUUGUCGCCUCCUGCAGAGGUACAGGGCAUGUCUGGAGACUUCAACUUCGAGGAAGACUUCUAGAUGCCUUGAUCUGUUACUCUCUUUGCCUUUUUCGCUUGUCAUAUUACCAUCAUCUCGCGCUGUAUACCUCUUGGACUUUGGGCAUGGGUACUAGGUUACCUCCACUUGUAUAUUCAUUCACCUCUGCAUCGUCGGAGUGAGACUGCGUGCAUCUCCAUCAGGGGCGGUUCUGCAUUCCUCCUUUUGAUACCUCUUUUCUGCACUUUGGAGUAUUGGCGUUGGUGGAUUCUAUGAGCGAUGUAUUCUGGGCUCUGCAGUUUCGCACAGUGAUGGUUCAUGGCUUCAAAAUAAUGAUCAAUACAACUAUUCAAU